AAACGAAAUGAAAAUAAAACAACUGAGUUAAACUCAAAUCUUGGCGAUAGAAAAACGAAAUAACCGAACCCGUGUUUAAAAAAAAUUUUCUAAUCGAAAUUAUCGAAACCAAGUCAAAAUAACCAAGACAAAAAACUUGGUUUCAUUUAUUUCGAAAAAAACUGAGAUUCUUGGUUGAGAUUCUAACGGUGAUAUCGGACUUGCAUCGAAAUGUCGUACUAAACUGACGAUGUUUUCGAUUUUCUAAUAAAAUUUGUACAUUUCUAACGAUUUUGAAGGACGUAGUGUAAACUGAUCAAGUUAUCUGUCUAAAAAUUGUUAUCUGUAUAGUCUCACACAUUCAAUAGAGUGAAUGUUAUUUUUGUUGCCAGUCUUGUUUACUUGCUGUUUUUAAAUGAAAACAAGUUGUUGCUUUAUAAAAAUAAUAUAUUUAGAUAUUUUAAAAAUAUACAUCAAAAUUAUUAUUCAAUCAUACCUUCAAGAAAGAACUCGUGCAUUAACACAAUUUAAUGACUAUGUGAAGAAUAUAACACACUUUCUGGAUCAAAACACAAUUGCGAGGAAUGAAAAAAAAUAAAUGAUUGAUGUUGUUAACCAACUCUUAUAAAAAAGGGAUCCGAGCAUGAAAGAGAUAAUUACAUCAACUUCUGUUUUCCCAUCUUCGAGAAAUACUUUAUGCAGAAGAUACAAUGGCAGGUGUAUAUAAAUACAUAGCUACUGGAGCUGCCAGCACAGAUAAUGUCAACUGGAUUUUGUUGCAGAAGAGAAAAGAAAAACAGAAGUUAAUUAAACAAUGAGUCAAGUCGCAACAACAAAAUAUUAUUUAAUAUUCGCACACUUGGUAUCAAGUCUGACGUUUGGUUAUCGCACUCAACAUUUACCAUCUAUUGUUGUACAUUCUCGAAACCAUGUGUUUGCUUGUCAGGAUCACACUAUUCGUGUAGAACAAGACGACUACAUAGAUUUUGUUUGUCCUAAUGCUGAUCAUCAUGCUUAUGCCAAUUAUCAGGACACUUAUGAAAAUUUCUAUUUCUUGGAUCAAGACAAGAAAGCAUAUGAUACCUGCAAUGCAACUGGUGGUUGGAAGUUUUUGAAUUGUAAUAAAAAUUCACGUACUUAUUGGCGUAUCGUAUUUCGGUAUAUUGUAUUUCCUGACCAGCUGCAGUUUAUUGAAGGUCACACUUAUUAUUUUAUUGGCACUGGUUUUCGAACCGAGGAAAAUAUAAACAAUAUGAUUGGUGGAAGUUGCAAUGCAACUGAAGAUGGUAGAUAUCCAUUAAAACUAAAAGUAUAUGUCUGCACAAGGGAAGAAGUUCUUAAUAAUACGUGCAAUGUUUGCUUGUCAGAAGGUUGUUACUACAAAGGUUGCUUACAGACAUGUUCUGAGUGGGUGACAAUUUCUAAAAUAGGUGCAAAAAAAACGUUAGUGCAAAGAAAGCAAUGUAAUAAUACUUUAACAGGUGCAUCACAUGAAGAAUAUAGAGAAAUAGCUGUUAAUUGUAAAGAAUGGUCUAUAAUAUCUAGGAAACCAUCUGGAAACAAGUGUAUUGACCUUCAGAAAAGAGAAUGUUUUAGUGCUGAAAAUGAUACAUAUACCGAUUAUCAAGAAGUUGAAUCGUUUUGUCAACCUCUAGGACUUAACGCUUCCCCGAGUAUUAAAGAUAGCCAUGAUAAAAGAUUGCUGAUCAUUGGAGCCAUUGCUACAGCUAUUGUUGUGCAAAUUAUUAUUAUCAUUUUUAUUGCUUGUCUGAAACAUAGAGGUAUCAUAUGUAGCAACAACAACAAUACCAAGCAAGAGUUGCAAGCAAACAAGGCAAAAAUAAAGAGCGCUACUCCAAAAGGAAAUACUUCUUAUUACAACGUGCACAAGGGGAAAGGUAAAAACAUAAAUUCAAAUGAAGAUAGUUUUUACGCAGAUUUGGAUCUACAUAAAACUGAGCAGAAUAUUUAUGCUGAUUUGAAUCAUGAUCGGGAACAGUCAUCCAAUGAUUAUAUAAACACAUCGAAUUAUGAAGUAACGAUAAACACACAUUAGUUAUGUAUAUUUCUUUUAUUUUCGAAUCUUUACAACAAUUUUUUUUAUGCUGCUAAAACUUCUACUCAUAUUUUUCUUUUACAUUAAAUAGACUUUUGUGGAAAAAUAACUUAUGACAUCAUUGUUAUUUACAUUUUGAGUAACACUUUAUACGAAGAAGAACAAAAAAUAUCUUAAUGUAAAUGUCAACAAUUAAAGAUAUAAACUGCACCAUAUCACAAUGUACACUGAUGUAUGUAAGUUGUAUUACACAAGAAAUAAUCAUUUAAAUCCUUAAAUUAAAUCAUAGGAAAUUUUGAUUUUGCUUCCAACCAAAGUAUUUCUAAGAAUUCUAUAAUACAGACAGAAUCAUGUAAUUGCAUUUUUUUUGAAAGCUCUUCUGUACACUCUACAUUUUUAUCAAGUUUUCACAGUAGCUGCGUAUUUUAAAGGUGUAUUUUAAACGUGGUUAAAGUUAGAAUAAAUAUUUCAACUUAUAAAUGACAAAACUUUGUAUUAUUAUUUUAUAUUUUAUGUAAUUAGGAAUAAUGUAAAAAAUUGAAAUAUUAGUGUUGUGAGGGAGUAAAUGUUACUCUAUAUCAGUCAAUUUUUAUAUAAAUUAUUUAUUUAUUUAACUUGGAAUUUUACGUUUUUUAAAAACUGUAUUAUUUUUUCAGCGCUAGUUUAAUAAUUAUAAAAACAAAUAUUUUAAAAUUAAUCCUUUUUCCUUUUGAUUAAAUUCAAAUCUUUAUGUUAGUCUUGAUGAGAUUUGGUGACUAGUAUUGGUGAUCUCAUUGAACAGUGGUAAACUGAUCAAGUUAUCUGUCUAAAAAUUGUUUCUCUGUAUAGUCGCACACAUUGAAUAGAGUAAAUGCCAUUUUUGUUGUCAGUUUUGUUUACUUGCUGUUUUUAAAUAAAAACAAGUUUUUUCUUUAUACAAAUGAUGUAUUUAGAUGUUUUAACAAACUUUGGAGACUGGAUUGCUGGAUCACUAAAUUAAAAUCCAACCAUACCUUUUCAGAAGAAACAAUGCAUGUAUAUAAAGAUUAUAGAACGUUUUCGAAAUCAAAUCUUAAUUGUAAGAAAUGGAAGAAUUUAUGAUGCUGCUAACCAGCUCUGGUUGUUUGCAUGUUGCAAAAAGUACACGAUGCAAAUGCGUUUGGAUAUAUGAUAAUUGAACUGAGAGUUAGCAGAACUUCUUGUUUUCGUCCAUGCAAGGUUUGAUUUUUAUUUCAUAUUUCAUAGUUUUUGUUAUUUUGUAUCAAUCACAGCAAGCCAGCUAGUAUAAUUUGUCAAAUAUUUUUUAUUUUUACAUCCAUUUCUUUACCAAUCCUAAGUAUUUUUUAUACGAUCUUCAACAGAAAAUAUUGCAAAUUUGUGAAGCUGUUGUUCUGAAGUAUUGAUUUCAACUAGUGGAACAAAAAAAUAUUCAAUAGAGGUCAAUGAUCAUUAUUUUAUAUCUGUUUUGGAUAGCUUUUUCUUAUAUUUCUCUCUUAUAUACUCCAUGUUAUAAUCUUCUUUAUUUUUAAGUAGUUUUGCACACAAGUCACAUGUUCGACGUUUUUUUUUCAAUAUUUGCCAUAGCUGAUAUUUUUCUUGAUCAUGGGAAUAUACACAGACGCUGAUACUUAAAAAUGGCAGCUAUUUUUUUCUUCACUGCUGGUAAAGGUACAUCAUUUAUCUUUGUUAAUUUCCAGAAAAAUGAAAGAUGCUACAUAACAGAAGAAGUAUUUUGAUUUGCUUGUAAUUGUACAGCAUCACAUAACUUUGAUAAUUCAAUAUUUUUAACCGUUUUUCUAUUUAUUUACGAAUUGAAUAUUAGUUGGGCUGGUUCACUGUUUUGCGAGUGAAAUUGGUAAAGCAUUUUGAUGCACAAAAGAUGUUAAGGUUACUGUAGAGGAAAAAACUCACUUGAUGAGUAGUCUCAGAAAAACCCUUAUAAUUUAUCAAUACUGUUAUAUUUUUUUUUAUGGUGUUAUUUUCGUGAGAUGGUAAUUUUCCAAAAAGAAAAUAUAAUGAAAUAAACACACACCAAUUUUUCUUCACCGUACGUUUUAAAAUGGCUUCUUUUUCCAAACGCGUGGUCGUUUUCGCACCAUUAUAUUCAGCACGAAUUAAAUUCAAAAAGGUUCCCGGUUUUUUUUUUCUAAUAGCGUCGUUAUGAAAUUAUUUGUAAUUAUAUAUAAUCAUUCAAAAAAAUGCAUAUUUUUUUCUUUCUGUCGUCAUAAUUCGCUAAUCAGUAAUUUAUACAAAAAAAUCCGGGAACCUUUUGUGCAUAAUUUAUUCAGCUUUUCAUUACCGAAAAUUUCAAUGGGUUAAUAGGAAGCUUUCGGAAAAAGAGACCACAAACGAAAAGGCAUGUAUGCGAAAAUUUACUAACGAGAUAUUUGUUUUUAAAGAUUUUCGUAGGUGUUAUAAAAAUGUGUGAACUGAGUAUGCAGAAAGAUGAUUGAAGUGCGAACUUUUUCUUUAUGCUGAAUAUGCGUGCACGCGUUCAGAAUUAUUAAUAGACAGAAGUCAGGUUUACAGGAGACAGCUCAUAUGCAUAUUCCUUAACUUUGAUUUUUUUUAAUUCGAUAGUGAAAGUUAACUAUCUAAAAAAUAUUAUUAUGCAUAUUUUUAUACGGGAGUUCCAUAUUAUGCACAAUGUUUACAAAAAGUAUGCUCAACUCAUUUUGCACAUAUUUUUUCAAAGGUGUGAAGGAUAUAACACCUCUAAAAAGGCUUUUUCCAGAAAAAAGGGAUGUUCCAAAUAUUUUCAUAAAAUAUAAAAUAUGUCAUUGGAAAGAGAUUUUUUUUUUCUGUAUUUCAUGAAUUUUUUGCAAAAAACCUAAAAAAAAAAUUGUUUCCUUUACAGUAACCUUAAGGAAAUUAUUAAAGAAUUGCCACACAUGAAACUAAGGCCUUUUUGGCACCAGCAUGUAUGCAGUAGAAAGUAACAUACAGCUUGUAUUUGUUUUUUAUGUUACCUUAACUUAUAGCGGAGAUGGUGUAGUGGUAGUGCAUUCGACUUGUAAUUAUAAGGUUUCAGGUUCGAGUCCGCACUCCGGCGCACUUUAAUUGCAGUGUUGUCAGCCCGUUUGGUGCCAUCUUUUGUCCGCUAACCGGCUUGUGUGGCAGGCAAGCAAGUUAGAGCAAUGCUAUACGUAUCUCCGGCGGUAAUGUAACAAAGUUACAGUCGGAGGGGAGAAAGAACCAACCGUUAGGUCCCCAAGGACGUUAAAACUUCCCGUUACUGAGUUACUUACUUACCUGAAAUACAUAUUCAGUAUUUUCUGAACUCUUUGACGUUUACGUUCUAAAAAAAUAUUCCAAUCUAUGGAAAUGCAUGUGAUAACAAAAACGUUUCUUUAUAAGUAAGUCUAUGGUAAAUUUGGUUUCUCCAAAAAUCCUAAAUUUGUUCAUAAUUAUGCUUCUUGUUUGUGCAUCCCUAUUUAGUGUUUUCUGUUUGUUUUUGUUCAAUUGUUGAGUUCCUUCAUUGCAGCAAUUUUAAGUUGAAUUUCUGAGUUCUUCGUUUAAUCCAUUUUUUUUUUUUUUUUACUUCUAAAAUUACCAAGAGCUCCUUUAAAAGUAAAUUUAAAAAAAAUUGUUGUUAUUUAUUUUAACCUUCCUGGUACAGAUGAAGUUCUAUAAAAUGACCUGUUUCUGUCUGUCUGUCCGUUACCAAAUUUUUUUUUAAAAAUUAAGCUUUCUCUGAUUUUUUGCACGAAGUUAGAGAACAAUGAAACCUCGAAUGUUACAACGUUUGAUUUUAUAAAAAAAAAUCUUACCGGCUCAAAAAUGCGAAAAAUGAGGAAGAACGUUCCAAAAAACGACAUUUUCAGGCUUUGAUCAUUAGUUUUUUCUAAUUUUUGCACAAUGACAGGAAACAAUAGACCCUCGAAUGUGCUGAAGACAGUUGGUGGAUUUGUAGCAAAAAUAUGGGUUUUAGGAUAUUUCUCAGGAUUUGAUUAUCAGUGCAUUCUAAUUUUUUGCACAAUCAUGACCAUCAAAUGUGACAAAGUCAGUUAUUUUCGAAGAAUAGUGAAUUCGUAGGCAAAAUGAGUCCAAGAUUUAAAAAUAUGGAUUUUCGAACUUUCUGACGAUUGGACUAUUAGUCUUUUGUGAUGUUUUAUAUCCAGGUAGGUCUGUUGAAGUUCUUAUAUUUAUAUUAAGCAUGUUGUACUGCAUACUGAGAUGAUUUCCACAGAAAAACACAACGUGAGUAAGUGUAACACAAAGAAGACCAAUGAAUAAUUUUUUGUCUCUUUACAAUGGUUACUAUGGUUUAUAUAAGUUUUAUGUUUUUAUGUUGCUUCAAAUUUUGCAUUUAUUUUACAUUAGUUGUUCAACAAUUAUGGAGUGUUAUGAGUAAUUAGUUGUUGACGUCAUACAGUACCACAGCGAGGCGUGUUUGAGUUGACGCAUUGUUCGAUGCUGCAUGAAUAACAACGUGGUAUACACCACUACAUUGUUCGUAGUUUUCAUUUUUCAAUCUAAUAUUGAUUUAUUAUGAUAAUUAUGAUAAUUAUUCAAUUAUUUCUUUGGUGCUUUAUAUUUUAAUUAGGUACUUGCAAAAGUUAGCUAUCUGUUAUUUAACACUGUUCCGUUUUUUAAUCCUGUGCAGUGCAAAUUCCGAUCUUAGUGGAAUAAUAUUCUGUUUCAUGUUCGAAAUUGUCUACACACCAUCAAAUUUUAAAUGUCAAAGAGCAUUUAGUAUUUUCAUAAGUUGAAGAGAAUGUUAUGUCUAUUAUAAUCAGCCUUCAACGUUUUAUUUGUUAAACAAUUUUUUUAAAAAACUAACACAUUAUAUUUCUGCCGCAAAUACCGCAUGAUGAUCAUAUCAUUGGCAACCAGGCUAAAUUACAACGUUGUAUUGUAAUACAGCACGUUGUACUAUCACGUAUUUAUGAGCUCUUUUUACCUCUGUGUUGAUGGUUGUGCAUUGACCAUAAUGCACACCUUUUCUGGGAAUAAUGUUUUUUUAAGCACGUAAGUUCUACGUGUGAGUAAUUUGCUUUUUUUCUCCAAUGAAGCAUACCUGUAUGUGUGGUCAAAUUUUAAAUUCACUGCCCACAGUAUUUUGUAGCAGGAUUUUUUCAUAGUCGAAGCUUAAUUUAUCAUUAGCAAGAGGGACAUCGAACAACCGACUCUUGAGUGAGGGGGGGAAUGUCAUCGAACAACUGAACACUGAGUUAUGGAGGGUGAGGAAGGGGUCAUCGAGCAACUAAGUACUAAGUGAGGAAGGGUGUCAUCGAACAACUGAGUACUGAGUGAGGGAGGGCGUCAUCGAACAACUGAGUACUGAGUGAGGAGGGAAAUGUAAUCGAACAAUUGAACACUCAGUGAGGAAGGGGAUCAACUGAAUACUAAGGUAGGGAGGGGGUCAUCAAACAAGCACUAAGUGAGGAAGGGGGCCAUCAAACAACUGAGUAUUCAGUUAGGGGGGAGGGGGGUACUUUUUACGAGAAUAAAUGUUUAUCUUCAAAAUAUUAAAAAAUUAUAUUUAGGCAUACUAAGUUUUUAUUGACAGUAAGUCUGUUGUCAAGUUUUUAAUAAAAGAUUCCCACAAAACGCUAUGAUCACCACAAAAACGCUUUAGGAAUCAUUAAACAACAGCGAAAAGUAACACAAUUAUAUUUAGAGACAAUUAAGAAUUAUUCCAGGCUUUGUACGACUCUGAAGAAUCAUUAAGGUUAAUUUACAUUAUACAAGUAGGAGAUAAUGGGGAAGGGAUGAAUAAUUUGGUAGGUUGAUAGUAAAAUGGAUUGCACCCUCUGUGAUGUUGCAUCACAUUUCAAAUACAAAGAUGUAUGGCCAGUUAAGAUUAACUUCCACUUGUUUCAAUAUAACCCAUUUUAUUUUGGUUGAGUAAACUGUUCAUCUGUUUCAGUGAAGACACUGAUUUUCUAGCCCAAGUAUGUGCCGAGUCUGUAAUCGAAAUUAUAAACAAAAGAUUGUCAUUAACGGUAAAUGCAUUUGUGUUACGACAAUUUGCUCGACAAUCUCUGUUACGACAAUUUGUUCCACAAUCUCUGUUACGACAAUUUGCUCGACAAUCUCUGUUACGACAAUUUGCUCGACAAUCUCUGUUACGACAAUUUGCUCGAUAAUCUCUAUUGCGACAAUUUGUUCAAUUAUCUUUGUUACGACAAUUUGCUCGACAACCUGCGUUACGGCAAUUUGCUCGAUAAUCUGUGUUGUGACAAUCGAUAAGUGUAACUUAUAUUUGCAUGUCAUGCUGUAAAUAAUUUUUUAAUAAUAUAGUCUUAGUGUUUUGCCACGUUUAGUUGUUCAGAUUUAUGACCUUUAUAUUUGAUAUCUUCACAAAAAGUAUUUAACAUCAAAGGAGAGAGAAGGAACCAAGUUAUUUCCUCCCUCAAUAUUAAUUUGCAUUAAUUUCGAUUUUUUAAUUUUUUUUCUGAAGGUUAUGCUGAAAAAACCGACAUUGAUGUUGAAAAUGUGACUGUUGUAAUUAACGAACAAAAAAAGUUCAAUUAGACAGCGUGGUUUGUUAAUCGAAGCUGGAUAUCGUAGAUCAUUGUUAUUAGAAGAACUCAUCACUUCUAAUUACGCACUAUUACCUGUGGUAAACAAAAGCGACUUCUUUCCACGGGGGAAAUUUUAAUUCUUUAUAAUAUUUCUUAUGAAAUUAUUUGGUCGUCAUAUUACUAUAACUAUCACUUCAAUCAUUUUUGGACGUCUAUUUAGGCCUCGUUACUUGUUCUCAAAGACAAAUCAUCUUUUCCACCUAAUGCUGUGUGUUUUUUUUUUUAAAAAUUAAUUAUCUGGGUGUAAAAGCCAGAUUAAUGGGUUUAAAAGGGCUAACAGAUUAAUUCUGUUUUAAGAAAAGGACUUUGUGUUUCUCUGGAAAGUAUUCAAAUUAUUGAUUUGGAAUUGUGCCAAGAUUGUCUACUGAAUUUCUAUCAAGCGAACUCAUCUGAAUAUUUUUUUCUCCUGUCCACCUUAAAGUCAUUAAAUAUUUCACGCCAUCGACGAAACCAAUUAAGUGAAGAAAAGGUUAACCAUAACAAGUUGAUAUUUGUGAGAGAGAAGGUUACAUCAAUGUCUUCCUUUUUGCACUUGAUAUACAAAACAUAAACAUGACUGCUACAACUUCAUAUAUGAAUUCAUAUUUAUUAUAAAAUACUCCCACAUAACAUAUUUACAAAAGUAAAAUAAAUCGGAAAAAAUGAAUUUUUUGUUUCACCAAAUGUUUUUGCAUGUUUAUAUUUCUAACAGUUCGAACGUCUAACUUUGAUUUAUUUUCUUCUUUAUUAUUUACAUCAAUUUAUUUUCACGCAACAUCCCCGGUUUGAUUUUCUAUUUAUUAUUUUCUUCUGCUAUAUAAUAGCCUCCUGCACUUCAUCGUAUAUUGGCAUUUGUGACUUUAAACUUGUCUGCCUUGAUGGCCCACCAUUAGAUAGGUCAAUACUGGUCAAUCUGGAUUGUCUAGACGAGGCAUCGCUGUAGUGUCUCAUCAACUGAGCUGUUGAUAUUGCGCUCGAAUUUCUGUUCACUCUGUUUCGUCCUGGUCUUCUGGGUUGAUAGUGGCGAUAUGCGAUCGGAUCUGGACUGGUAAAUACACUCUCGUCCCCAUAAUGAAAAGAAACACUUCGGUUAACACUGGAAGGAGAGAAAGCUGAGUGACUUCUUUCGAGGUACUGUUUCCCUUCUGAUGUGUAUGAUGGUGGUGGCGGUAUCUCAUCACUUCCGAAAUGAAAUAUUUCUCCCGUUAUCACUUCAUGUUCAAAUACUUUGUUGGUAUGACCAUUGGAUGCUAAAAAAUAGGGUUCGCGAAGGUUAUCAUUUAUCUCGCUUAUUGAAAAUAGACUUCGUAUGUUAUACUACACUGUUGUUGUUGAUUACAAAAAGAAAAAUGGCUGACGUUUUAAUAUUUAAAUUGACCAAAAAAGAAAGAAUUUUUUGAUAGGAUUUUAAUAAGCGUCUCAAUGAAGGCGAAGGGAAUCAGAGUAACAAAUUUUUUGUUACUUUUUAUUAACACGUAUUGAUCUGGAAAAGUCAAGAAAAUGGAAGCCUGACAAAAAGGAAAAUCUAAUUACUAAAAGAGAAGUCUUGGAUUUGGGUCAUAACUUAUGCAACAGGCUAGGCUGAAAAGUUGAAAAGCUUAUCUAACAAGCAAGUUACAAAACAAGAAGUCCUUUAAAAGUUUUUUGAAGUACUGUUUUGUAGAUAAAAAAAUAGCAACUGAAAGCUGAUAUUGUAAAGUUAGUAACUUUAUAGCGACUAUGAGGCUGAAAUUAGAAAUUCGUCCGUGUAACUGAGGCUAAAACGAAUAAUGAAAUUUCUUAUCAAAAAAACUUGUCUGAAUAACUCAUUUUCGUCAAAUUGUUGAGAUAUACUUACGAGAAUUGCUUUGUAUGCUUGAUGGUGCACUAGUUAGAACCGCGUUUGUUUUUGUGGGGCAUCUCUUGUUGUGUUGAUAACGCAUACACAUCACGCCAAUCACCAUACCAAACAACAAAGCAAGUAUUGCAGCACCGAUUGCAAUGUACAGUUGGAAAUGGAUAUCACCCUCUUCAGCAUCUCCUCUUACUAACAUAAAAAAGGAACAAAUUAAUAAAUAUGAAUUAAGUGAAAUUCAGAAAUAAAAAUGGAAGUGAAAUUUAGAAAUAAAAGUGGAAAUGAAAUUACCUGCUUGAGAUAUCCUACAUGUAACGUUGACUUCUUUUUGUUCAACAUAGUUGAAACCAACACCUGAACAGGACCGUAUGGCUACUCCAUAACACGUGCCGUUAACUUCGUAUUCCCUAUCCCCUUUCAAUUUCCACUUUUCGCAUGACAUUUUCUCACAUGGUUUGCUUAUCUUUCUUGUUUCUGUGUACGAUUUACCAGUAAAUACAAAAGUGCAGUUUCUCUCUUGCACUAUAUGACAUUCUCCAUCACUGUAAUAUUGUGUUGUGAUAUUUCUCCAUUUUGUAUAGCUUGGUGGUUGACAGUCAAUUUUAAUUUCUUUGGUUUUAUUCAUUGUAACACCUAACGCAUCGCUCACACAUAAUUUUCGUUGUUUCAUGUAGCAGUUUCCGUUGCUAUCUUGAUAAAAUGUCUCGUUUUUAAGCUGGCAAUUUUGUUGACACUCUAAACAAGGUUUACACACUUUUGAUUAUAAGAAUAUUAGCGCUGGGUAAUAGCUAGUGAUGAUAUCUUUAUUAAAGAGAUAUGUAUAUCAUAAAGUCUUUCAAAUUCAUUGGAUUUUGUACUUUUAAACCGACAGAUUACUUACUUUGAGAAUCUUCAAUUUCGCAAUCUCCCCUUUUAACCUCCUCAUCGGUGCAAACGUAAACUUUGAAGCGAAGUUUAUAAUCUCCCUUGUUUUUAGUUCGAGAACAGCUGCCUAGUUGGAGUUGUUCUAGAUACAUUUUUGUCCUAAAUGACGUUGCUAAAAAAGAAAAGUACGACAUUAAUACGACGUUGGAUUCAAGUGUCGUGCGUUAAAACAAGUGUCGGUGCAAACUUACCUAUAAACCGAUAUGUGUGUCCUGGACGGAAAUCUAUUGCAGUUGAGUCUUUUUCUUGUUUUGGUAUAAAUCUGAAUAUGUCAUAGCCGUUGCAUGCCCUUAAUAAGGGAAAAUAUCCGCGCCCCCUUGGAUGAGGGUAGCAUGUUUUGUUGACUGGGUCUACUGUGUCACACUGUAACCAUACGAUACCAGCUAAAAGCAAAAGCAUGUCAAUAAGGAGAAUAUAAAAAAGAAGAUUGUACAAGUUUUCAAAAAGAUUUCCUUAGGAUCCCUUACAUCUUGCAUCGCAGUUAACAUACUCGUCUUCUGUUUUGACGUAGUAAAGAGUUUCAAAUAUUCUUUCUUUUCGUACGUCUUCUAUUUCUUGUUUAUAGUUGGCGUAUACUUGAUGCGGACACACCAAAUUGGUCGCCACCCCCGGCGGAACUCGAUAAAUUGGUUCUUCACACCCGAAACUGAAAUAAAAAACGCAAUAUCUCACUGAGGAGUCAUACUAGCAUAACGUAAAUAUAUAACCAAAGGUUUAUGAUAAAUUUUUCCCAGAAACUUAAAAAUAACAUUUGCUUUUAAUUCAUUUAAAAAAACACAAAACUAAACUAAUGGUACUUACAAAGGAUUAUAUGGAUCAAAAAACAGAGGUGUAGUAAGAUUCAACUCGCAAGUUACUGAUACCACGAGCAAUACGAAAUAGCAGGCUUGUUUUAACAUGUUGAAUGUGUUUUUCGCUGGAACAAAAUUAAUAACAAUCAAAAAAUGGCUUCAAGAUAUACAUGAGAUAACACUUGUUGUUAAUGAGACAUUUAUCAAAAUGGUGGUCAUUCGGAAACAACAUUCUAUUGAUAACGCACCCAGUCAAAUGACGCAUAUAUUCACGAUAAACAAACGUUACAAAAUCUUUUGUUAGUGACUUCUAUUUCAGCCAGAAAAUCAGACAACAAUUGUGUUACGCAAGCCUAUGUUGUUGUGCUGAGAAAGUAACUAUGUAUGUUAUGUAAGACCAUGUUGGUGUCAUUAACGAAGUUGCCAUGACAACCUAAUUAGUGAGUUAAUUCGGUGCGGAAUACAAUAUCAGUAAUAUAGAAAUAAAAUCCAUUUUUGUUUCUGUAAAAUUAUUUGAACAACAACAAUAACAACAAACAAAUAAACAAAAAGUGACGACAAUAACAAGAAUAAUAAGACUAAAUUUAUUUUCUUUGUUGAUGUGUUACUUGUUCGUUCGUUCGUUAAUGCUGUUGUUGCUCUGGUUGCUUUUAUUGUUGUAAAUAUUUUUAAAAAGUGUUUAGUUGAUUUCACUUCAAUGAAACAGAGGCAGCAUUGUCAAAAUUGUCAAAUUAGGUGUAUGUCAUCAGCGUCAUUGAUCCCUCAUGAAGUAAACAAGUUUAUAAUUGUUGCAAUUAUAAUUAAAACUGACUCAAAUUGUCACAUUUUAAUUAGCGCGUAAUGAUGCAUUUACGCAAAUCUAUUCUCUCAUCAGGAUGCUAUAUUUCUUUCAUAUUUCCUUCUUCAGUAAGACUUUAAAACAAAAAAUUAUUAAAUCAUUUUAACUCGUUAUCUUCUCAUUAUAUAUAUUCACGCUCUUCCAAGCUAAUAUGAGUUAUUUAAGUCAACUUGAGUCGAGUCACGUGACUUAAGCAGAUGUCGUUGUUAAUAUUGAGGAGUGACGAAAAAAAAUGUUCGUGUUUGUGGCAGGCUUUCAAAUAUUAAAAUUUGUGGCGACGUGGUUUACAUUAAUAUUAAUUAUAUGACUCUUUUUUUCGUUAUGUUCCCUUAUAAAGAAAAAGAUUUUUUAAAAUUUAGAAUUUUUAAAUUACUUAAAUUUGAUUGUUGACCCUAAGAAAUAUAAAAGGUUUUUCUUUAACAUGUGAGGCUUUAACAGAUAAGUAAUAACCAAUAGAAAAAAUGCUGAUGCCAGCAAAAACUUGUAUCAUUCGGAAAUAUUUUUUCUUAAAAUUAUAUGUAACCUAUCUGAAAUUUAAUGACAGCCAUUUUGGGUGGGUUCAGGGGUUUCGGUUGACCAAGAGUGGGUGUUUGUCCAUUGACACGACUUCUUACUAUGAUGAUGUACCCACCUUCGCAGACAGUUUUUUUGGUUUUUUUAAUAUUAUCAAUUUAACUCAAUAUUUCUUUUUAUUUUUCCACAGUCGAGCAAAUGUUUUACAUACUUAAGGUAUUACUAAAAAUGUUCUUGUCGUGG